GUCAAGGAGAUCGACAAUCGCGGGAGCCACUACUGGGUCGCCCGCUACUGGGCUGAGGAGUUGGCUUCGCAGGAGGAGGAGCAGCGCCUCAAGGCCACCUUCUCAAGCGUGGCCGACCAGCUCAAGGAGAAGGAAGUGGCCAUCCUGUCGGACAUGAUUGAGUGCCAGGGCAAGUCCGUCGAUAUUGGUGGCUACUACCACGUUGACAAGGCCAAAGCCGAUGUUGCCAUGAAUCCCAGUGCCACCUUCAAUGGCAUCAUCACCCGCUUGGCUGAGGGCCCAGACGCCAGGUGUGGGGAGCACACCGACGAAGCUCAAAAACAGGACUACACAGGAUGCUUCUGUGGCAAGCGGACGACUCCACAAGUCGGCAUGCGGCGCCUCGUCGCCAUUGGCUCUUGCUGGUUGGCCAGGGGGUCUGAUUGCUCGUGCGCGGACACGAGGCGGCCGCCACCGACGGAGAGCGCCUGGCGCAUCGCCCAGCGAGCCGAGGUUGAUGAGCUGCUUGAGAAGCACUGGGACUUUACGCGGACAGGCUACACGAUCAGUAUCGAGGACGAUGAGCUUGUCCAGCAAGCCCAGAUGCGAGUCCGCAAUAGUUCGGAUGGUGACCCUGCAUCCGCGCACGUGUACGGAGAGCUUACUGCGAACGGGGUGCGGCAGCUCUCUGGAUUCUUGGGCCUGAACGAGGCCACAGAGGCCUCCUUCGUCGAUUUGGGGGCGGGCGUCGGGAAGGCAGUGGUGCAGAUCUAUCUGGAGUACCCAAGGGUUCGCCGCGUGCUCGGCGUGGAGCUCUCACCCGGGCGGGCCAAGAACGGAAGGGAAGUUCUGGAGGAGCUCCGGGCCGGUGCGCUGCCCUUGCUGCGCCGACGCGCACUGCUGGGUCAGGCCCUGGAGGAAGGGAUGAUUGCUGAUGCUUUGACCUCCGCCGGCGAGGUGGAGUUUGUCGAAGGUGAUAUGUUUCAGGUGGACUUGCGCCACGCCACACACGUCUACAUGGCCUCCACCUCAUGGUGCCCGUCGAUGUUGCGCAAGCUUGCUGACAAGUUGUUGAAGGAGGCGACGAACCUCCAGGCUGCGGCAUCGCUGAAGCGGCUACCUGAGGGCUUGCCGGGCUUCGAGGAGGUAGAUGCCCAGCUCCAAACGUCCUGGACGAAACGCGACCCUGCGGGCUCUCGAGUGUACAUAUACCGUCCUAUGCAGCAGUGCGCUGCGCCGAAGUGA